AAUACAAAAUGGCGAAGUAUGUUAUUGCUGGAAAGGCAAAUUGCCCCUUUUAUUCUAAAGCAGAGCUUCUUGCCGAUGAACUUUCGUUGAACUUACCAGAUUUUAAAGUCCACAAGAUCGUCAAGCAGCCAGAGGAUUGGGAAGGUUGGCUAAAAGAAACCUGCGAAGAAAAAGGAUGGAAACAUUCUAGUUCUCCUCUUGUUUGGAGGGAGCUUGUCGAUCGAGGUGGAGCAGGUAUUCUUCUUGGCGGAUGCGAUGACUUCUUAGAAAUGGCCAGAGGUUAUUAUGGCAUCACUUCGGUUAAAAUGAGUGAUGAACUGUUAAAUAUCGCUGACGAAAACCUUCAAACAAAGAUCGAAAUUGAUGCCGAAGAGGAACAGAGAAAGGCAGCCAUUAAUCCGUUACGAAUUUGCGUGUCUGGUGCAUCUAAUGCGUUUGCUUAUGGUGUUUUGAGUUAUUUAGCUCAAGGAGAAGUGUUUGGGAUCGACCAAGAAUUGAGUAUUUAUCUGCUCGACAAGGCUGACUCUCAGGAAGUUCUUAAAGGUACAGCAAUGGAGAUCCAAGAUUGUGCAUGGCCUUUGCUCAGAGAUGCAGUACAGACAUCGGAUCCAGCGAUCGCUUUCAAAGAUGCCAGCGUGGCUGUUCUGCUCGAUGGCAUUCCCCUUGAAGAAGGAGUUGAUAAAAAGGAGCAACUUCUCGCUAAUGCUAAAAUUUUUAAGGCCCAUGGAGAGGCCCUUGACCAAUAUGCUAAGAAAGACGUGAAGGUGCUUAUCGGAGGGGGGCCGGCAAGUGUCAACGCUUUUGUCGCCAGUAAAUUUGCUCCCUCAAUACCUAAGAAAAAUAUCUGUGCCCUGGCUCGUCUCGUGGAAAAUAGGUCUAAAGGGCUCUUGGCCAAAAAACUGAAUGUCAACACCGCAGGAAUAAAAGAUGUCAUUCUUUGGGGUAAUAUUGGUGUUCUUACUACAGCAGACCCUAGAAAUGCCAGGGUCCAUGGCUUUGAUGGUGCCAUCUGGGGACCACAUAUUCCUGGAUUCACCCGACACGUACCAGAAAUGGUCCAUGAUGACAAAUGGCUGGCAGGAGAGUUUUUAGAAACCUUAAAAAAGCCCAUGAAUACUGCCAAAAGCCCAAAAGGGACCCCUCCCUUGCCAGGGAGCUUCGCUGUGUUAACUCAGCUUCGUGAUCUGUGGCAAGGGACAUCGUCAGAGAUUUACUCUCUCGGGGUGUCCUCUGAAGGCUGGUAUGACCUCCCUCAGGAAAUCUUCUUUUCUCUUCCAGUUAAGUUCGGACAGGGCUCUUGGAAAAUUGUUGACAACAUUCCACUUGAUGACUCUCUGAAAGCACAACUGUUGGCAAUUGCUGAAGAGCUUAAGAACGACUCUGAAGAGAUUUUGAAUAAGCUUAGUUCAGUGUCUUGAAUAGAUUUGUGAUACAGAUUGUACAUACUUAAGUAGAAAUGUUAGUACCUUUUGACAUGUUAAAUCAACUUUAAAAAAGGUUCAAAAUCCAACUGACUAGUAGUCAAUAUUUGAGAGGUUAUGUUUUUCGCGUGGCAAAGGGAAUAAAAAACGGAUUGAUGUUCACAACACGACCGUUAAGUGAAGUAUUUCAGCAGUAUACUCAUCAAACGAUUCUUUUUGCUAGCCUGUAGGACAGGUGACAACUCUUCAUGGUUCAUUAGGCGAGCAUGGGCAAGGGCGAGGCCAACGCAGGAAAAAGCGAGAAGAACACGAAGAGAGUGCGAGAUUAUUAGUGGAAAGCGCGAGAACAUCGCAAGGUAAACGCAAGAACAACGCGAGGCGAGCGCGAGGGCGAGUCACAGGUGAUGGGAGGGCGCUGUCACUUCCCAAAUCGAAAACGGUCUGAAGACAGUUAGUAGAGACAAAAGAUUUGCUGGUUAGGUGAACAGGAACAUUAGCCAAAUAUUGCAGGGAAACUCUAAGGGCGUCCCCAUCGGGGCACAGUAAAUGACGAAAGAUCUCUCAUGAGCAUUCCUUGAAUUCUAGAUUUCGGUAAAAACUUUGCAAUACGCGCCUUGUUUACACUUAACGUUCAGUCAAAUUGGAGCUAAAAUUAAUAUGCGUUUCGCUUUUGUUAAGUGCGCGCUUGCUCUGGGAGUGGCCUCACUUGCGAGUAGGCUCUCAUUCAGAUUAUCAGCGCUGCAACACGCUCGUUUCUCCGCCCGCGGGAAUAUUUGAGACGAGUCGGGGAGAGGUUUCCUAGAGGUCUGGGUUGCAGACCUCUCGCUGGGAUCAAACUUGAUUUAACAUGAAACGGAUGUGGUUGUUUGUUUUGUCCGCGAAAGAUGUAUUGCGCACCGAUCCCAGCGCACUACCUCAGGGAAAUGC